AUGGAGUGUCAGGGGAGGGGGAGAUGGUUCUCUUCAGCCUGGCUUCUCAUUCUGGGGGUAUUUGCUUUAAGGGAUACCCAGGCAGUCUACCACAGGCAUGUGGGUCAGUUCAUUGCAGUGGGAACAACCCAUUCUCUCUUGGAGCUAAAUGCAAUUAGCUUUAUGGAUGAUGUUGAAAUGGGAUCCUACAAUAGAGUACAACGGCAAAUUAUCGUCAAGAUACCCUGGGUCUCCAAAGCACUGGGAGUUUCUUACAUUACCCAGAGUCGUCAUUUAUUGGUGGACCAUGAGCAACAUUUCCGCUGGAUCAUCCAACUCUUGGCACAGAAUGACAGUAACCCUAACAAAAACCACACAGCACAGCUCCUUGCAGACUGUGAAAUAGACAAUGACAUCAAGGUAAAGAGCCACAUCCAUAUUAUUUGGGAUGGAGAGGAAUAUUACAGGAUUGAUGAAGAGGUUGGGCACUGGGAGACCUUAAAGCCUGAAGUCAAGAAAUACCAGCACAUUCUGGAGAGCCCCUUCUGGACCAAUCUAAGGAAACAAUACAUGGAUCGAUAUUGUGUUGACAUGCUGAGGAAAAUCAUUGGGUAUUCAAACUUAAGGGAUAAUGUGCCCCCUGAGAUGACCAUAUUACGCCAUGUCCACUCAGAAGGAAGCAUCAUCUUCUCCUGCACAGCCAGAGGCUUCUACCCUCAGUCCAUCCUGCUGCGUUGGGAGAAGAAUGGGAAGCUGGGUGUAUGGGGAAAGGAGACUUCCACUGGCAUCCUGCCCAAUGUGGAUUCCACCUUCUACCUCCAAGUUACCUUAGAGCUCCCACCAGAGGACUCAGGGACAGGUUAUACCUGUGUGGUGGAACAUACUGAGCUAAAGACCCCUGCUGUGUAUCCAGUCCCUGAAAAAACCACAAUGGAGAAGCCUGGGGUCCUGGUACUGGGCAUUGUGUUGGCUGUCAUCCUACUGCUCAGCUGUUCUGGGGCCUUCAUAGCAUGGAAGAUGAAGAAGUCAGGUUCAUCAGGUCAGCUGGAAGGAUGUCUUCCUGCUCCUUCUUCUCCUACUUUUCUAUCACAAUAG